AUGACUUGCAACCACAAGUGGAGAUCAUACAAGAAGAGGCUUAAAAAGAAUUUCUUGGUCAAUGAGAAUGUCAGAAAUCCACUUGAAACCUACUCAUAUCUGGAGAAAACUACAUUGCAAAAAUUUAAAGAAAGGAUAUCAUCAAAGGAAUUCCAGAUAGAUGUCCAAAAAGAAAUAUCCAAAGGUGAUUUGUUGCCGGGUCCCGGAGAGGAUUUGUUGACUAUGGCGAUAGGACCGGAGCACCCUGGUCGCACUAGGGCGGUGGGGCAUGAUAUUGGCUUAAGAAAGGGGAUGCAAGGACUUGACAAAAAAAGAGGAAAGCCCUUGACAAAGAAGUUGUUAGUAACAUGCAGGUGCAAUUAG